AGAGAGAGAGAGAGAGAGAGAGAGAGAGAGAGAGAGUUAUCCCACACACCCAACAACCCCCGUCGUUUCUAUAAUCGAGCGUCGAGCUGCAUGAUCUGCACCUCUGCAAUUAUGCACGUUUCGUGUCGGAUGGGAUUCUCGGUAAACACCGCAAAACUGACACCGACGCUGGGCUCCAGCUCCGCCGCAUCCCCCACAAGUUGUUAGCGUGUGCGCGGAGCAAGAGGCGGGCUUGUCUUGUUUAUCAAAAAAUGACUCGACAUGGCUGUGGCUUUGACUCAACAUACACGGCUUCUCGAACGACCCUGGAAAAACCAUAACCAGCUGAGAGAGUGAGGCGGAAAUCAUCUUCAUGAAAGUCAUAAGUGGGGUUGGGUGGCCAUGGACCCAUUCAGCCAGCUUAUUCUCACCAUCUCGGUGACCAGUUUCUUCACCUUCCAGUGGCUCUUCCACAAAGUAAGCCCGUGGAUGUCCAUACGCAUCAGCCCCGGCUUCCUCAACCUCAGUGACAAGCAGAAGGUGGAAUGGAACUCAAGGACGGUUUCAACAUUUCACGCACUGUUGGUGGGACUCUUCUGUCUCUACAUCUUGUUCUUUGAUGAUGCAGUCAAUGAAGACCCAGUCUGGGGAGAUCCUACACUGGUGAAAACUAAUGUUGCCAUCACAACAGGCUACCUCAUAUCCGAUCUGCUGCUAAUAUUUUACUAUUGGAAGGCGAUAGGCGACAAGUUUUUUGUAGUUCACCAUCUGGCAGCAUUGUAUGCUUACUACUAUGUACUGGGCCAAGGAAUGUUGCCUUAUUUUGCUAACUUCCGUCUGCUUGCUGAGUUUUCUACACCAUGUGUGAAUCAGCGCUGGUUCUUUGAGGUACUAGGUUAUCCCAAGUCCUCCCGGCCCAACAUGGCGAAUGGCGUCGCCAUGGCGGUAGUCUUUUUCAUGGUCCGCAUCGCCGUCAUGCCAGUCUACUACAUACGUAUGUAUGCGGUCUACGGCACUGAGGCCUUCUACCUGGUGCCCUGGGGUGGCCGUGUGGCAUGGAUCUGCUCCAGUAUCUGCCUGGACAUCAUGAACAUCAUGUGGAUGCAUAAAAUCGCCCGCGGCUGCUACAAGGUGCUGCGCUCGGCAAGACAGAGUAAAGGCGGCACACCUCAGGAGAACGGGAAGUCGGAUUAAGGGAACCAGGGUGUCAGUGGAGAGAAAACGCCAAAAUGACGUCACUCUUGGUGCACAGGGGAGCAGCAGCUUGGACACUUACUGUCGCACCUGGGAUGAGUGAUAUUACAAGACUGAAUGUAAUGAGGGUUAUUGAGCUUUUUUGGAAAGCAGUCGCAGUCACUGAGAUGUCUCGAUGGACCGCUUAACCGCUUGGUCAUCCCUAAGCCAUGAAAUGACCUCUGAGCAAUACCACAAUUGUGCAUGGCCAAUUAUUUUUUCUUGAACAAUCCACCACUACACAAAAGAGUACGUCCUGGGACAAUGGACUGCUAGCCCAACCACAAAUUGUCAAAAAGUUUACCGUUCUUUACAAACUUAGUGCUCAACAAAGACUUUAAAAUGUUUUUUUUUUAUGGUAUUGUUACUGCUGCCUGAGUCCUAGAAUAAAAAUGAUGAAAUGUGAUAUUGAUUGUGGAGCAAAGAUUUCAAGGGAAGCUGGAAAACAGUCCUCAAUGAUGGUCAGUGCCAUAAAAUAAUCGUCAGAUGCCUGUUGAGAAGGAAGGUCAAGCACCUCUUUUUUUCCUCAUUAAAUCUUGAGCUAAAUUAGCAAGGACUUGACUGACGCAGAGGGGGAUUACAUCAAGUGCAAUCACAGAGGAGAAUGAGUGUGGAUAAAUCAGUUCAUCACUCACCCACUGUCAUUCAGUUCAGAGGUUCAUUUAAAAAACACCCUUUUAGGACGUUUAUUAGAUAUGGUGAGUCUGCACUGCAUUUGAAUGGUUCAUUCAUAUAAUGUAGGGGUUGAAUGGGCUUCAGUACGCUGUGUGACGUGUAGUUCUCUUGUUUUGCCGGGUUUGAGGCAAAUAGGUAGUCAAACAUACAACUAAAGAUGCUGUUUUGAAUGAAAGGGAUGUAAAGGGCACCUUAGACACGCUAAAAGGGAAACUGAAUGUCAAUGCUGUGUUUGUACGCUGACAUUAAGUGAUGCAAGAAUAUUUUUUUCCUUCAUAAUAUUUAGGCAGCAGUUUAAAAUCACAUGUGCACACAACUUGAUACUUCACAGAAUGGAAAAAAAUAUUGCAUUGCAUAAACUAAGAAAGGUUGUUGACAAUGUUUUGUGGAAGCUGUCAUGAUUUUAUUUUCACAUUGUGCAAUGCAUGUUAAGGGGGGGGGGGCUGACCUGGAGUACUGAUUCUGUAUCAGUGUCAUAGAUAAACUUAAUGAUAUAUUAAACACAGUACAAACAAAGAGCAACUGCUAUGAAAUGUUAAUUUAUGCUAAGAGGUUUGGUGGGGAAUGUUCAUAGGAUUCGGACACUCCUCUACCUUUCCCAGCAUCAGGUUUAUAUAGUAUAUAAUAUUCAUAUUUAUGAUGUCUUUUUUAGGCACAGAACUGCUCCAAAUUUACUCCUGGGCAACAUUUGCCAACAAGCUGCAUGCUGCUAUAUGUUUACCAUGAGGAAUUGGACAUUGAAGCCGGUAAAUUAAAUUCUGUCCAGUGCAUUCAUUUGAAGGAAUUUGUUUCUGUGGAUUUUAAUUUUUGUGUCAAAUCGAAGAUUAUAAUCUGUGUUUCAGAUGGUAAUACUUCUGUAUGAGUCAAGACUAUUUUGUAGUUUUAAAGCAUUGUGAUACAAAUAGCUUCUGCCUCAUGUUACAUAUGAUUUCCAAUCAGCUGUUAAACAUAACGUGCACCUCCAUAUUUAUUCAUGAGAUUGAUACAAGGAUUGUGUUUUGUUUUCAGUGGACAAGAACUGGAAAACACUGAACACAAGAACAGAUCUGCUGUUUUUAAGACCGAUGUUUCAUUUUAAAUUAAAGGUUGUAGUUCAUUGAUGAUUUACGAAACAUGUACUUGAAUUUCCAUUGUAUAUGUAUCUUUAUAUGAGCUGUACAUCAAACGCUUCUGUCAAAUGUUUUGUGAAACAGAAACAGGGAUUGCUCGUUUUUGAAAGUACGCCUUAUGUUCAGCAUUUGAUUUUGUUGCCUUUUUAAAACAACUUCUAAUUGCACAGUGAAUAUUUUGUUCCAUCCAGCUCCUCACAACACUGAAAAUGUUUUCCAUGUCUGAUGCCUGUCUGAAGUGAUUGUUUGGCCUUUUGUAAUAGUUUCAAAUGUAAAACCAAGAUGCUUGUUCAGUGCUUUUAUUUUGUUAUAGUUUUAAGAUUUCAAAGAUUUACGUAUUUGUGCCAGUGCUUAAGCCACUCCAAAAGAUUUUUUUUUUCAUAUCCAUGCAUUUUCAUACAACAGUGCCAACUUGAAACCAUGAUUUGAUGGUUCAGACCAAUUCUGUUCACAUCUCUGCACACUGCAGUUAGUCACAGUAUGAUGGCAGUCAGUGUAGUUUGGCAUGGUGAAACGGUGUGAAAGACUUCUUUCACUAACGCCAUUCCAUUACAGCCAGUGUGUUUGGAACAGGAUGGACUUGGGUGGAUGUCAUCUACAUCACAUGUGGAUAUCACAAUCGCACAUCUUAGAUAAGAGUCAGAAUGUGUUUGUUAAUAUUUCACUGGAGUUAAAUGGAAAAUGAUGCAAGGGUUUCAGGACAACAGGCCACGUCUGUUAGGAUCAGGUCUGUAUGCAAAGUCAUGCAUGGUCAAUAUGGUCUUCAUGCACCCUCUAUAACUGCAUGUUGUAUUGCAUGGGGAUUGCACUGUAAACAAAAUAGCAUAUACAUUUGCAAGACAAAUUUUGUUCUUUUCUUUUUCUUAGUACAUGUACAUAAUGUUUACUUAAACGUUCUUCUUGUACUGUGCCACAUAAUGUAAUCCACAGAUGACGAUGAUAAUGAUGUGAUGAAAACAUCAUAAAGCAGAUAUUUAGUAUAAUAUCCAGCACAGAAAUAAUCAGUAAGGGAAUACUUGAAUACUAAUUGGCACAGUCUGUAACAAUCUGGGCAGUGCAAAAAUAAACAUUAAUCCUAUGAGCAU